AUGGUUUUUUUCUUCAAGAGGGUCAACUUAUUCCUCUUUUUUCACCUCCUUGUUGCAACACCCAUCUUCUCAGAUUCCUCCUUCAGUUCAAAUGCAAUCUCCCCCUCCAAGUUCCUAGAUUUAGCUAAGGAUCCUCGGGUGUUUGAUUGGAUGGUGGGUAUCAGGAGGAAGAUUCAUGAGAAUCCAGAGCUGGGUUAUGAGGAAUUUGAGACCAGUAAGCUGAUAAGAGCGGAAUUAGAUAAAUUGGGCAUCUCAUAUAAAUACCCAGUUGCAGUCACUGGUGUUAUUGGCUUCAUAGGGACUGGACUCCCUCCUUUUGUUGCAUUAAGAGCUGACAUGGAUGCUCUUCCUAUGCAGGAAAUGGUGGAGUGGGAGCACAAGAGUAAAGUACCUGGAAAGAUGCAUGCUUGUGGUCAUGAUGCUCAUGUUUCCAUGCUUCUCGGUGCGGCAAAGAUCCUCAAAGAACAUGAAAAUGCGAUUAGAGGAACUGUUGUUCUUGUUUUUCAACCAGCCGAAGAAGGAGGUGCAGGGGCUAAGAAAAUUCUAGAUGCUGGAGGCUUGGAAAAUAUCUCUGCCAUAUUUGGAUUGCAUAUUGCACCUACCUUUCCUAUUGGUGAAGUGCGCUCUAGGUCGGGUCCUAUAUUUGCAGGAAGCGGCUUCUUUGAAGCCACAAUAAAUGGCAGGGGAGGUCAUGCAGCUAUUCCUCAGCACUCUAUAGACCCAAUAUUGGCAGCGUCCAAUGUGAUUGUUAGUUUACAGCAUAUUGUUUCUCGUGAGGCCAAUCCUCUGGACUCCCAGGUUGUGACUGUAGGAAAGUUUCAAGGAGGUGGUGCUUUCAAUGUUAUUCCAGACUCUGUCACAAUUGGUGGCACCUUCCGAGCUUUUUCAAAAGAAAGCUUCAUGCAACUGAGACAGCGGAUUGAGCAGGUUAUCACUGGGCAAGCUGCUGUGCAGAGAUGCAAUGCAACGGUCAACUUUCUUGACGAAGAGAAACCUUUCUUCCCCCCUACAGUAAACAAUGGUGACUUGCAUUUGUUCUUUAACAGUGUUGCUGGGAGUUUACUUGGUGUCGAUAAAGUUAAGGAAAUGCAACCAUUGAUGGGAUCUGAGGACUUUGCAUUCUAUCAAGAGGUUUUUCCAGGAUACUUCUUCCUCCUUGGAAUGGAAAAUGCCUCUGUUGAGCGUCUUGAAUCACCACACUCCCCGUAUUACAAAAUCAAUGAAGAUGCACUUCCUUAUGGAGCUGCACUUCAUGCAUCAUUAGCUACUAGGUAUCUUCUCAAGUUAAAUCAAGACGUACCGGUAGUGGAGGGGAAGCAUCACGAUGAAUUAUAG